CCGACGAAACACACACAGUGCACGGAAUGUUAGCCGCAUGUCACGAACUUUUUGAUUAGGUCAACUUCAAGAAUGGCGCUUAACCUCCUAGUUAAAGUUCACCCCGUGGUUUUAUUUCAAAUCGUAGACUCUUACGAGCGUCGAGGGGCCGAAGCUCAUCGAGUCAUUGGAACUCUUCUAGGAACUGUGGAAAAAGGUGUUGUGGAAGUGACCAACUGUUUUUGCGUGCCACACAAGGAGUAUGAAGAUCAAGUCGAUGCUGAACUUAACUAUGCCUUGGACCUUUAUGAACUCAACAGGCUUGUUAACGCCCAAGAGAGCAUUGUUGGCUGGUGGGCCACUGGAAACGAGGUGACCAAUCAUUCCUCUGUUAUUCAUGAAUAUUAUGCCCGUGAGUGCAAUAACCCUAUCCACUUGACGGUCGACACGACUCUGGAGGGAACCACUAGAAUGGGCAUUAAGGCAUACAUAUGUGUCAAAUUGGGAGUGCCAAACGGUAAAACUGGAUGCAUGUUCACACCAGCAAAAGUGCAGAUUCAAUCCUACAAUCCAGAAGUUGUAGGCUUGCAGUUGUGCUCCAAGACUCUUAAUCAAAAUAAAUCCAAUUCCGUUGUAGAACCAAUAAUGGAUCUAGCCCAGAUUGCUGAAGCUAGCACUAAACUUUCAUCAAUGUUAGACAGUGUUUUACAGUACGUUGAUGAUGUGUUAUCUGGGAAGCAGCCACCUGAUAAUCACGUUGGUCGUGCACUGCUUGAUAUGGUAAAUUCUGUACCCAAGAUGACGCCUGAUCAAUUUGAUAACAUGUUCAACAGCAAUGUUAAAGAUCUGCUUAUGGUUGUUGCAUUGUCGCAACUUAUUAAAACACAGUUGCAGUUAAACGAAAAACUCACAUUAUUAACAGAUAUAAAUAAAAAAGAUAACUGAUAAUUUUGUAUUGUAUAAAGAUAAACUGAGAUCUAAUAAAAAAAGUUUU